AUGGCGGUCUCUCAUGCCAAGAAUGGCAGUUUACCCCUGAUGAAUCUCGUGAGAACCACAGCUUUUCCAAUUAUUAAUCAGCUUCAUUUAGAGGAGAAGCUGCUGAGAACAUCAUCAGAAAACUGGUGCAUUAUCAAUGAUGGAACCGUUGACUCUGCCAUAGUCAUGGGAGUAUCCGGGUAACUCCUACAAUCCGCCUCUCCAAGACCUAAAAAAAACCACCAAAAUAUUUUUAUUAUAAUAAUUAUUAUUAUUAUUUUGAAACCACGGUUCCAAUAACCUUGAUUUAAUUGCCAAAAUGCUGGAAUCGCCUCAUGGCAGGAAGCUUUCGGAUCUCGUGGAGACUCGGUCUGUUCUUCGAGAUCGCAUUCCGGUGGUCAGAAGGUUUUCAGGCGGAGGAACAGUCGUCGUGGGCAAGGGCACAAUUUUCGUCACUUUUAUCUGCAACAAGGAUGCAGUUCCCGGCCUUCAACCCUACCCCUGCCCCAUCAUGUCCUGGACGGCCCGGUUGUACGCCAAAGCUCUCCAUGACGUCGUUGACUUCUCCCUGCGUGAAAAUGGUCAGUCCUUCGCACAGAAGAGAGAGAGAGGUGUGGGUUCGGCGUCAUCAGCUGAGGUGGUAUUUAUCUUCUAGAUUAUGUGUUUGGCGACCGGAAGUUCGGGGGAAAUGCCCAGUCGAUAACCAGGGCGCGGUGGUUGCACCAUACGUCGUUUCUGUGGGAUUACGACGCCAGGAAUAUGCGGUACCUGAAGCAUCCUCCUCGGGCCCCCAAGUAUCGUUCGGUAUGAUCCCUCCCUCCGCGGGUCCGAAUCUCUGGGGUUGUUCUGAUGAGUUAGGUCAACGUGUUGACUUCACAAUCAUCUGUCUUUCUUCUGUGCGGAUCAGUCGAGGCGGCACGAGGAGUUCCUGUGCCCCAUGAAGGGAUUCCUCUCCUCGAGCUCGGACUUCGUCGACCGGACUGUCGCCUCCAUUGAAGAUCACUUCUCCCUCCGGCAGGUCGAACUCGGCGCCGUCACCGACUCUCCGGCGGCGGCAGGGUAUACUCAGUCGACCAAGCUCCUGACAGAAGAGGAGCUGAAGGCGUCGGUAGAGUCGGAAACAGAGGUUUAG